GCGUUAAUUGCGCUCAUAAAAACUAUUCACGACGCUUGCGACACUGAAGAGUUCGACGUUGUUGCGUACGACGCUGAUAUCGCAACGUUCAUCAACGCUCGACGACGUAUUGUGCAACCGAUGAUAGAUCAGAGUAAUCGAGCUGGUCGAGCACCGGCCGUAAGCGUGUUCAAAAAUCGAAGGCGGAAUAGGAGCGACCAAAGCCCCGGGCCCAGUCCAGAUCUUGGAGCUGGCUACUCACCCGAUGCGGCAGCUGCCGUCACGAUGCCGAUGGCGUACCCAGGGGCGGACAUCUACAACAUGCAGCGAACCAUGUUCCCAACCGCUCACUACAGCGCAUUCCCAAAUCCGGCAAUGGCCAAUCCAUUUAUGCCUCAAAUGGGAAUGAUGGGUUUUCCACCAGCUGGUACGGCGCCCUGGAUGGAUCCAAGCCUUCUGUCGUCUACACACGGUAUGGAGGGCUAA